CUAAAACCAAAACACGGUUCCCUUGGAAGAACGAAAGAGAGAAAGGAAAAAAAGACAGAAAGAAGGAAACUGAGAUCUGAUUCGGCGCCGACGAUGGACAACAACGGAUCCGAUUGGAAGAUCGACCAGGUGGCCAUGUGGCUUGGCUCCACCGUCUCUUCCGCCUUCUUUUCUUCCUUGGAACGCUUUUCUUGCGUCAACGUCGCAACCUCUGACCCCGACAACGACGACGACGAAGACGAUUACUAUUCCACCACCACCGCCACUCCCACCGCCGCCACCACCCCCACUGCCGUCAACUCCAAUCCCGCCUCUGCCCCGGUCAACGCUGAAAAAACAAAUGACGUCUCCAACCUCCCCGUUUGAGGCCAUACGACGUCGUGGCUGCUGCUGCUAUGUAUAGACCUUUUUCCUUUUCCUCUUUUCGCGUGUGUGUUGUUAUGUAAGGAAUUCCGCUUUUCGUUGCUUCAAUUUUUUGAAAAAAAAAUGUGAUGCCAUUUUUUGCCUGUCUA